UUAUAGAAAAAUUGAAAAAUUUAAAUAAAUGGAAGGUAGGAAAGCAAUAUUUUGCAGACUUUGCAUAAAUAUUGUGAGCAAUGGAAAUUUUACAGUAAUAGACGAAUCUACGAGGGAAAUUAUAAAAACAGUUUCACUGAAUCUGGACUUAGGCAACUAUAAACAUAUCAUGUGUUCUACCUGUUCCAUUAAACUGUAUUCUGCGUUUGACUUUAAAUCCACUUGUCUCUAUGUUGAGGAUAAGAUUGUUUCUUAUGUUAAUCCAAAAAUUUCCUUCGUCGACUUAAGAGAAGUUUAUUUAAAGGAACAAAAGAGCAAACCGUUCAUUAAAAUGGAAGAUGACCAGAAAAUAUGUCGAUUAUGUUUGCAGUCCGUUAGUGAGGGAUUUGUGUCAUUUCAUGAAGAGAAGUUAGAGAUGAUUAUUAGAUACAUCCCAGAAGUGAAUUUUGGCUUCACCGAAGAUCCUGUCAUUUGUAAUCAAUGUUUUAAUUCGCUAAAAGUGCACGAUAGUUUCAUAAAGACCUGUUCAGAUGUUGAAAAACAAAUUCAGAACAUAGGUGACAACAAAAUCAUAGAUUUAGGGGCGUGUGAUGCCUUUAUUAAACGAGAAGAGAAUGAAAUUGAAUUUGGAGAUGAACAGAUGGAGGGGUUAGUUAAAACUGAAAAAGAGUUGGAAACAGAUGAAAUGCUGUUAGAAACGGAAGAAAUUGACAUAAAAUUUGAGGGAGAGGAAUGGGAAAGUGAUUCUUCAUCCAACAUCAUAAACAAAUAUGAUGCUCCAUCCAUGGUACCAUCACAUAAUAAUAACGGUUACAAAAAUGAGUUUAACAGAGACCCUUCAGAUAUCAAAAUGUACAAGUGCGAUUAUUGUACAUAUAAAGCUAAAUAUAAGGGUGGUUUAAGGAGACAUCAGUUGACGCACAAAAAUAUUUCAGCAAUUCAAGCAAUCCAAAUGUUCAAGUGUGAUACAUGCACUUAUAAAAGUAAGCAUAAAAGUCAUCUAAAUAAGCAUAAGUUAACACACAAAGAUGCUUCAGAAAUUCAAAUGUACAAGUGUGAUACUUGUUCUUAUGAGACUAAAUAUAAGGGUGAUUUAAAAAAGCAUCAAUUAACACACAAAGACCCUUCAGAAAUUAAAAUGUACCAAUGUGAUGCAUGCAAUCAUAAAACUAAACAUAAGAGUGAUCUAAAAGUGCAUCAGUUAAUGCACAAAGACCCUUCGGAAAUGGAAAUGUACAAAUGUGAUACUUGUACUUAUGAAACUAAUCAAAAGGGUCGCCUAAGAAUGCAUCAGUUAUUGCACAAAGACCCUUCGGAAAUCAGAAUGUACAAAUGUGACACUUGUACUUAUGAAACUAAAUUUAGCAGUCAUCUGAAUGUGCAUCAGCUAUCUCACAAAGAUUCUUCAAAUACCAAAAUGUACAAGUGUGAAUCUUGUACUUACGAGACUAAGUAUAAAAGUCAUUUGAAAAGGCAUCAGUUAUCGCACAAAGAUCCUUCGGAUAUUCAAAUGUAUGAGUGUUUCACUUGUUCUUAUAAAACUAAAUUUAAGAGUGAUUUAAAAGUGCAUCAGUCGAUUCACAAAAACGUUUCUGAAAUCCAAAUGUACAAAUGUGACUCUUGUGCCUAUAAAACUAAGUAUAACAGACAUCUAAAACUGCAUCAGUUAUUGCACAAAGACCCUUCGGAAAUGGAAAUGUACAAAUGUGAUGCUUGUACUUAUGAAACUAAAAAUAGGAGUCAUCUGAAAGCGCAUCAGUUAUGGCACAAAGACCCUUUGGAAAUUGAAAUGUACAAAUGCGAUACGUGUACUUACGAGACUAUAAACAGGAGUCAUCUGAAAGGGCAUCUAUUAUCACACAAAGACCCCAUAAAAACCAAAAUAUACAAAUGUGAAUUGUGUACUUAUGAAAGUAAGUAUAAGAGUCAUUUGAAAAGGCAUCAAUUAUUGCACAAAGACCCUUCGGAAAUCCAAAUGUACAAGUGUGAUACUUGUACGUAUGAAACUAAAUAUAACAGUGAUCUAAAAGUGCAUCAGUUAUCGCACAAAGAUCCUUUAGAUAUCCAAAUGUAUAAAUGUGAUAAUUGUACUUACGAAACUAAACAUAAAAAGAGCCUCAAACACCAUCUAUCUAGACAUAGGAACCCUUCCACAGCGAGUAGGAAUAAGAUACUUGUGACUAAAUGCAGUAAAUAAAUACUAUUCUACAGGCCUAGGGUCAAUGGAAUAUGUUUUUGGAACUAAAUAGUUUGAAAAUUGCUGAAACUCCAAGGGUAUAAAUGUACGAGUGGAACAAACAUGGUUUCCAGACAAGGCAUAAAACAGUCUAAAUAGAUAUGAGGUACUAAGUACUUACUAUGUUCAAAAUUAACCAUAGAAGUGCAGUAGACAACCAGGCAAAUGUAAUUAAUUGAACAGUAAAUUUUGUAUAUCAUUGCAUUAUAUUUAUUAAAACAGCAUUUGUA